UUUCUCUCUAUACCAAAAAUGGGCACAGAAAUGGUGAUGGUUGAUGAUAUCUCUUUUCCUCCACAAAUCACAACAACCAAGCCUUUAUCUUUGCUUGGACAUGGAAUUACCGACAUCGAGAUACAUUUUUUGCAAAUCAAAUUUACUGCAAUUGGAGUUUAUAUUGAUCCUGAAAUCGUGACUCAUUUGCAAAAAUGGAAGGGUAAAUCCGGAACCGAGUUAUCAGAAGAUGACGAGUUUUUUGAUACUGUAAUCGCGGCACCUGUUGAUAAGUACUUAAGAAUUGUGGUGAUCAAAGAGAUCAAGGGAUCACAAUACGGUGUACAACUCGAAAGCUCGGUGAGGGACCGAUUGGCAGCCGAUGACAAGUACGAAGAAGAGGAGGAGGCUGCUCUCGAACAAAUUGUCGAAUUUUUCCAAUCCAAAUACUUCAAAAAGGACUCGGUACUUACAUUUAGCUUCCCCGCGACAUCAAACACUGCCGAGAUUGGGUUCUCAAGUGACGAGAAAGAGGAGCCGAAGACAAUGAAGGUCGAGAACGAAAACGUAGUAGAGAUGAUAAAGAAAUGGUACUUGGGUGGCACCACGGCUUACUCUCCUUCAACCAUUUCAUCUUUGGCAAACACUUUGUCUUCCGAAUUGUCAAAAUGAUCAGUUUGAACCAUCCUCUUUGUGUGUAUCCGAAUUUUAGUACUCGUAAAUGGUUUCUUUCUUUCUAUUUCUAUUGUAAAAGUUUGUCAUUUUAAUGAUCCAAAUUAAUAAAUAUGUCCCCAAAACAUGGUUGAUGUA